UUCUAGGCAGCUGCUUUAGAAGCCGUUUGGAAAGGAAAAUGUCCAGCACUCCGGUAGCUGUGGUGACCGGAGCCAACAAAGGCAUUGGGUUUGCUAUUGUGCGGUCUCUGUGCAAGCAGUUCUCUGGAGAUGUGUACCUGACAGCCCGUGAUGCGGAGAGGGGCAAGGCAGCAGUGGCAGAGCUGCAAGCAGAAGGGCUGAAGCCGCUUUUCCACCAGCUGGACAUCAAUGACUUGCAGAGUAUCCGAAGCCUGCGCGACUUCCUGAAGGAGAAGUAUGGAGGCUUGAAUGUGCUCGUCAACAAUGCAGGGAUUGCUUUCAAAGUUGCAGAUACAACUCCAUUUGCUACACAAGUAGAAGUCACACUGAGAACAAACUUUUUUGCAUUGAAGGAUGUCUGCACAGAGUUGCUACCUCUACUGAAGCCUAAUGCCAGGGUUGUGAAUGUGUCCAGUGUUGCAAGUGUCCGAGCACUGGCUGGGUGCAGCCAAGCCCUACAGCAGAAGUUUCGCAGUGACACGAUUACAGAAGAGGAGCUUGUGAAACUCAUGAAGAAAUUUGUGGAGGACACCAAGAAGGGAGUGCAUGAGAAGGAGGGUUGGCCAAAUACUGCUUAUGGGGUGUCCAAAAUUGGAGUGACGGUCUUGUCCAGAAUUCAAGCACAAUUGCUGAAUCAGACAAGACAACUGGAUGGUAUUCUACUCAAUGCCUGCUGCCCUGGGUGGGUCAGGACUGACAUGGCUGGUCCCAAUGCUCCCAAAACUCCUGAUGAGGGAGCUGAGACUCCAGUUUAUUUAGCCCUGUUACCACUUGGUGCUGAUAAACCUCAUGGCCAAUUUGUUCAUGAAAAGAAAGUACAGCCAUGGUAACUGCCUUUACUAUUUCUGUGUAUGCACCCUGGAGAUCUUAGAAUCCUGGCUCAAUCCAGAAAGAGCACUCCAGCUGCAGCCACAGGUAUCCAUAGCUUAAAUACACCAGGCUGCAGUGGAGAGAGAGACCUGCAUACAACCAUCACAUAAUGUGUAGAACUUCAUAUGUGUUGUUUUUAAAACACCUGUGCAGCUUCUUCUGCUUGCAGUCACAGUGUCCAGAAUCUCAGUAAAUAUCUUAAGUUACAUUGAUUUUUUCUUAAUGUGACUGUGCCAAACCAAGAGCUAGAAAAUAUAUGUAUGUGUCACUUUUCUCUGUCAAUGUUGUUUUCUGUAAUGUAUUAAUUCAAAACUUACAUAAAAAUGAAUAUGCAAAUUAGAAAAUAAAAAUAAUUGAUUUAGUGAUAUUUUUGCAUAUUUUGAGGGAACAAGGAGAAUUAGCCUUACGAAAUGGAGACUACUCAAACACAGUUAUGCUUCUGGAGAUGCACACUUCAGUGCUGGGGUGCGGUGAAACACAUAUUCGUCUGGAAAAAUAAACAUACAAUUUUAUAGCAUAAGAAGAAAGUCUGAAUAUAUUAGAUUCAAUCUAAAAUUAAUGGACCAGUCUUUAAUAUAUUAAAUCAUUCUAUUAAAAGAUAUGCCCAUAUAUAGUUAUUUGCAUAUACAAUGUGCAGUAAUGUUUGAUGUUUGUUAAACAGCAAAUGUUAAAAAAGAAAAUACCAUAAUUAUCUAAAAGGAAGAUGACCCUUUAUGUAAAACAAUCCCUGUGAAAAUUGUUAUAUGCAAAAUGUUAUUUUAAUACUUAACCUAACUGCAACUGGUGUAUAGAUUUAAGAUGCAUAUUGAUAUUGAUAGCAUAUUGGUAAAAACCAUAGUCUUCCUUUCAAGAUAGGAAGCUUGCAGCACAAUACUGGAGAAGAGGAGUAAAAUAUGGCAAAUGAGCCAAGCUUGUGAGAUGACAAAAUGCUCAAAUGUUGUAGAAACAAAUCUCUGCACCUCCCCAGGGAAAGGUAAUUUAAAAUAAUCCAAGUGGAGAGAGUGCUUUUCCCAAGUGAAUAGGCCUUCAUUUGUUAUGUAUUUAACUUACUCAUUGUGAUUCAGCAUUUUUGCGCUUGAUUAUGUAAAAGUCACUGGGAAGCUGUCCAAUCUGUUGUUUUCUCAUUUUUAUAUAAGGAAGAAAAACCCAGGCUUUUAAUUAGAAAUAAAAUAAUUUUAAACUGUC